AUGACAGCGACAAUCGAUGUCGAUAACUUGAUGAGCCGUCUGCUCAACGUUGGAAUGUCGGGUGGACGAUUGACGACUUGUGUCAACGAACAGGAGCUUCAGACGUGUUGUACCGUUGCCAAAUCGGUGUUCGCAUCUCAGGCGUACCCAGAAAACUUCUUUAUGCUCCGCGGAAACCACGAAUGCCCAGCCAUCAACCGUGUCUACGGAUUCUACGAAGAAUGCAACCGCCGUUACAAAUCCACUCGUCUCUGGUCCCAAUUCCAAGAUUCCUUCAACUGGAUGCCUCUUUGUGGUCUCAUUGGAUCCAGAAUCCUUUGCAUGCACGGUGGCCUCUCUCCUCAUCUCCAAUCUCUCGAUCAACUCCGUCAACUGCCACGCCCACAGGAUCCACCAAAUCCAUCGAUCGGAAUCGACUUGCUCUGGGCUGAUCCGGAUCAAUGGGUGAAGGGAUGGCAGGCGAAUACACGUGGAGUUUCGUACGUCUUCGGACAGGAUGUGGUCAGCGAUCUGUGCAUUAAGCUCGACUUGGAUCUGGUUGCCCGUGCUCAUCAGGUCGUUCAGGAUGGCUAUGAAUUCUUUGCGUCCAAGAAGAUGGUCACCAUUUUUUCGGCUCCUCAUUAUUGUGGACAGUUUGAUAAUUCCGCUGCUACCAUGAAGGUCGAUGAGAAUAUGGUUUGCACAUUCGUCAUGUACAAGCCAACUCCGAAGGCUCUCCGCAAGGGAUAA